CCGUUAGAAGAAAAUAUUACUUUAAAUUACGUUUUGCAGCAGAUAUUACAUUUUAUUGUAAAUAAAUGACAAGUUGAGGGUGCGUGAAAUUUAUGCAAGAUUCGCAAAAAAAAAAAAAUUCUUUCUGGGCAUCUCAUUAUCAUCGAUUCUCCGAUUCAACGGAGGCGACCUGUCUCGCCUCGAGCGAUCAUUUCGGCGCGAGUAGAGCUCUGAGCACCGAGCGAUGCGAACCAUCGUCCGCCGCGUGCGUGCACGAGCGCUCACUUUCGCUCGGCACGCUCGCACUUCCACAUAUAUACGCACGUGCACGCGCGUGCAAGGUAGACGGGCGGGCAGGAAGGCCCACAGUUGCAGUUUUCGAACUUCUGCCACACGGCCGCGUCCGCGGGGGGGAUGAGGAGCCAAUGGUAAGGCCCAAUCGUACGGAGGAAUUAGCGAGCGCCCGGUGCACGAUUGGCUCUUGUCCUCAGUUCCUCAUCCCCUCUACCGCCACGGCUGUGUGGCAGAAGUCCGAAAAAUGCAUCGGUGCCCCAGGAGCGGUAGCGACGGUGACUCGUCGUCGUGCAGCAGCAGUAGCAGCAAACCGCGCGCUACCGGCGCGACGACAGUUUUUCAUCUUGUCAGUCAGCCUUCCUGCUCGCACGAGAGCGGGUCGUCCGGUCUCUUCUUCUUCUUCUUCUCCCUUUUUGUUUUGUUGUUUUUUUUCCGUUGGUCUUUUGCCCGCACGAUUUUCCGCGGCGAUUUUCCCAUCUACCGUAGCUGUCACAUCAGGCGCACGCGGCGAACGAUGAAGUGCCGCGCGGCGAGCCGCGUCCCGAGGAUGAUGCGCCUCGCCCUCGUCGUCGGGGUGGCGAUGGUGCACGCGUCGCCGGCCGAGCCCCUGCCUGCCAACAGCCUGCUCGGUAACGUCGCGAGUACCGCAACCAAUUUCCUAACGGGAGUCGUGCAACGGCAAAAAGAACUAUUGCAUCGCGUUACGGACACUGCCGCGGACUACAUAACCAGCGCGGUGGAGAAGCCGAGAAAUUUGCUGCUCAACGCUACCAGAGUGACGACCGGAUACAUUGACAGUGCAGCCUCAAGGGGUCUUGAGUUCAAGCUGAGAAGAUUCCUAGAGAGAUUCCGCACUCGAAUGAGCAAAGGUAUCCCGGAACUGGGUAUUCCUCCAUUGGAGCCGUUCACUCUCGACGAGAUCGAUAUCGACACGGACAAUCCAGAGAUCGGAAAAAUAUCUUUAGUUAUCGAGAACCUGGAAAUGAGAAACCUGUCGACUUUCCUGAUCGACCGAGCCAAGUUAUCGCUGAUCGGACCUACCAUCACCAUCAACAUCUCCAUUCCCGAGAUUUACGCGUCGGGCCGUUACAACAUUUCCGGGAUAAUAGGCGAUACGUACCCGCUACGCGGCGCGGGCUCCUUCCGAACGACCGUACGUGAUUUCCGCGUUUACGUGAAAACCGUACUGGGCUACGCCAGAGGUAUGUACUUGAAGAGAUUCGACCUCGACUUCUCGCUGCGCACCAUCAAGAUGCACUUGGAGAACUUCAUGGGCGGCGAGGAAAUCGGACAAAUUAUGAGCAAGGUCUUCGAGGAUUUAACGCCGGAAGCGCUGGACAUCAUUAAACCGGACAUACUGCCCCCGAUACAGGAUUACGUUACGAGCCACGUGAACGAGACAAUUCACCACUUGACCAUGAGGGAUCUGUUUCACGUCCUCGUGGAGGAGUACGAGUUCGGCGAUGUCACGCAUCUGCUGAUACCCUGAAGAAGAGACACCCCCUCCCCCGUUCCGGAGUUGCAUCGCCGAAUCGCAUCGGAUCGCGCGCUGCAGUUACGAGCGCAAUAACACGAGUACCUAAUGUCUAUCUGACAACGAGCGCGGAUCCUUCGUACGAGGUGAGGUGAUCGAUCGCGACCGUACCGUUGUACAAUGCACUCCGCGUUGCCACACGGACGCGAAGCGAUACCCGCGGCUAUAAAGCGCCGCGGGUAUUGUUUCGAGUCGAUUUUGAAGUCCCGAAUUUUGUUACGUAAUACAUACACGGAAAUAAUGUUCUCUUAAAAAUUAUCUUGAAAAUCGUGGUAAUUGUGGUACAACGUAAGCCUUGAAGAA